AAAAAAAGAAAAGAGGAACAAGAAUUACUUUUGUAACCAGAAAAGAAAAUAGAUGGAGUGGUGGGUGCCUCCCACCAUGGUGUCAUGGGGAGGGGAGGGAGGAUGUGGCCAUGUGCACCUGUCGUCUUGGCCACCCGAGGCCUCACCCCAAUCCUUGGUCCCCAGUAGGCCUUGACAACCAUUGCUUUCUCUCUGGGUCUCCCUCCCACCAUGCAGGUGAGAUGAUAACGACUGUGGACCGAAGGUUCCUGGCAGUGUGAGUGACGGGCGGUGGCACUCGGUGCAGGUGCAUGCGGCACUACAAGCCCAACAUCGGCUACCUGGGCCUGCCCCACAGGCCGUCCAGGGAGAAGAUGGCUGUGUUGACGGUGCGGUGGGUGACUCUGUUACAGCUGUGGCUGUGUGCUUCGGGAAAGGACAUCGGGAACUACAGCUGCGCUGCCCAGGACACUCAGACUGGCUCCAAGAAUUUCCGCUCACAUCUUCCAUGCUCCGUAGACACUUCCUGUGAGGAACAGUCAUAAGCCCUGUCUUCUCUCAUCAGGCUGCCCUUUUGCCACACCCUGGAGACUCCGCUGUACAAGGCUUUUUGUUUUUUUUUGCUGGAGUUUUGCUCUCGUUGCCCA